CCGCAACUCCAAACAUCGCGAUUAAUGGAAGGCCUGUGGUCCCUGCCUGCCCUGGGUGCUCAUGGAACCAGCUGCUGCCCUGCACUUCUCCCUGCCAUCCUCCCUCCUCCUCCUCCUUCUCAGCCUGUGUGCACUGGUCUCAGCCCAGUUUACUGUCGUGGGGCCAGCUAGUCCCAUCCUGGCCAUGGUGGGAGAAAACACUAUGUUAUGCUGCCAUCUGUCACCUGAGAAAAAUGCUGAGGACAUGGAGGUGCGGUGGUUCCGGUCUCAGUUCUCCCCCUCAGUGUUUGUGUAUAAAGGUGGGAGAGAGAGAACAGAGGAGCAGAUGGAGGAGUACCGAGGAAGAACCACCUUUGUGAGCAAAGACAUGAGCAGGGGCAGCGUGGCCCUGGUCAUACACAACAUCACAGCCCAGGAGAAUGGCAUCUACCACUGUUACUUCCAAGAAGGCAGGUCCUACGAUGAGGCCAUCCUGCGCCUCGUGGUGGCAGGCCUUGGCUCUAAGCCCCUCAUUGAAAUCAAGGCCCGAGAGGAUGGGAGCAUUUGGCUGGAGUGCAUAUCUAAAGGGUGGUACCCAGAGCCCCUCACAGUGUGGAGGGACCCCUACAGUGAGAUUGUGCCCACCCUGAAGGAGGUUUCCAUCGCUGAUGCAGACGGCCUCUUCAUGGUCACCACAGCUGUGAUCAUCAGAGACAAGUCUGUGAGGAAUGUAUCCUGCUCUGUCAACAACACCCUGCUCGGCCAGGAGAAGGAAACUGUCAUUUUUAUUCCAGAAUCCUUUAUGCCCAGCACAUCUCCGUGGAUGGUGGCCCUGGCUGUCAUCCUGACCACAUCUCCCUGGAUGAUGUCCAUGGCUGUCAUCCUGGCUCUUUUCAUCAUCUUCAUGGCUGUGAGCAUCUGUUGCAUCAAGAAACUUCAAAGGGAAAAAAAGAUUCUGUCAGGGGAAAAGGAAGUUGAACAAGAGGAAAAAGAAAUUGCACAGCACCUUCAAGAAGAAUUGCGAUGGAGAAGAACAUUCUUACAUGCUGCUGAUGUGGUCCUGGAUCCAGACACCGCUCAUCCCGAGCUCUUCCUGUCAGAGGACCGGAGAAGUGUGAGACGGGGCCCCUACAGGCAGAGAGUGCCUGACAACCCAGAGAGAUUCGACAGUCAGCCUUGUGUCCUGGGAUGGGAGAGCUUCACCUCAGGGAAACAUUACUGGGAGGUGGAGGUGGAAAACGUGAUGGUGUGGACUGUGGGGGUCUGUAGAGACAGUGUUGAGAGGAAAGGGGAGGUCCUGCUGAUUCCUCAGAAUGGCUUCUGGACCCUGGAGAUGUUUGGAAACCAAUACCGGGCCCUGUCCUCCCCUGAUAGGAUUCUCCCUUUGAAGGAGUCCCUUUGCCGGGUGGCCAUCUUCCUGGACUAUGAAGCUGGAGAUGUCUCCUUCUACAACAUGAGGGACAGAUCACACAUCUACACGUGUCCCCGUUCAGCAUUUUCCAUGCCUGUGAGGCCCUUCUUCAGGAUAGGGUCUGAUGACAGCCCCAUCUUCAUCUGCCCUGCCCUCACAGGAGCAAAUGGGGUCACAGUGCCUGAAGAGGGCCUGACACUUCACAGAGUGGGGACGCAGCAGAGCCUAUAGAAUGAAUUCCCUGGACUCACAGCCAUGCAGAUAAGCCCUGGCCAUCUCAGCAGCCACUGCACAAUGUUGUUGGUGGAAGACACGCCCUCCUCCCCUCUGGUCACAUAAGAGAACAGCUUCCAGCUGCCUUUUCACACCCACUGCAGCCCUCAGCCCCAGCUUUCUCCUCCUCACUAGGCUGUGGCUUUAGCAGUUCCUUUGCUUGUAAUUAUGGGAUGGGAUCCAGGCAUAGGGAACUAGUUGUUUCUUAGCUCCCAGCCAAGAAGAAAGUGUGAGAAGCUGUUGGGCAGCGAAUCUGCUGCUGAACAUCAGGAUGACCACAUUGAGCCCAAGAUGCCAGUUGGCACCAGAUGCUGUGGACUUGGAAUGAGGCCAACAGGAUUUGCCAGGAUGAGAGAGGAUAGAGGAAUCCACAGGACCACCAGGGGAUAGAGGGAACCAGAUAUGCAGGUCCGAGAUAGAGGAAGUGGAACCAGAGAGCUGGGAGGCACCAAAGUUGUAAGGAUGGCUAAGUCCCACCAUAACAGCUAAAGGGUCCUGGGAGAUGAUGGCUCAUUUCCACCCAACCCCAGGAUUUCCACAGCAUACACCCACAGGCCUGGACCUGGGACAAAGAUGAAUGAAGAACAUGGACUCAUGUGGAUGUGGUUUGGCUCACGUGUCCCUGCAAUAAACAAGGAGUAAGUACUUAGUCCCUGAGUGUGGUUGAGGUUUGAGGUCCUGGUCGAGCAGGGAAGUACUGGACCUGGUCUAGGUCAGCAUUCAGAUUCAAUGGGGACACCAGUGGCUUCAAACUUCCUGAUCUAACUAUGUCUUUAGACACUUAGAAAUUAUUGAGGACCUUACAGAGCUUUUGUUUAUUUGGGUUAAUAUUUGUUAAUAUUUAUGGCAUUUGACAUUGAAACAAAAAUUUAAAAUGUUAUCUUUUAAUUCAUAUUAAAAUAGCAUGAAUAAAUCAAUUAUAGGUUAAUAUAAAUAGGAUGUUUUGUGAAAAAGCAAUCUAUUGUGUCCAAAUAAAAGAACAAGAAGUGUGACACUGGUUCACUUUUUCCAAAUCUAAUGUCUGGCUUAAUAGAAGAUGUUUGUGUUCUCAUAUCUGCCUUUGUAUUAAACCUAUUGGUAUAUCAUAGGUCAUAUUGGCUCAAAAAACCUUUACUGCACCCUACUGAAAUAAUGAGAUGAAAAACGAUCAAUGUUUCAUUAUUAUUAUUGUGAAAAUAGUACUAACAUUGGGGACUCCUUAAGAGUACGUCAGAGUUCGCGCUAGGAAUCCCAGGACCACAUUUGGAAACUAGAAUAGUGGAUCCUGGAAGUUAAUCCAUGUGCUGGUUAAUUUUAGAUGUCACCUUGACUAGAUUAAGGAAUACCUAGACAACUGGUACAACAUUAUUUCUGGGUGUGUCUGUGAGUGUGUUUCCAGAAGAGAUUGGCAUGUGAGUCAGUAGGAAAUUCUCCUCCAAUUGGCUGGGGGCCCAAUAAAACCAAAAGGCAGAGGAAAGGCAAAUUCUUCUCUCCUCCGGAGCUGAGACACUCUUCUUCUUCUGCCCUUGGACAUCAGAACUCCUGGCUCUCUGGCCUUUGAACUUUGGGACCUGUACCAGGAGUCCCUGGGUUCUCAGGCCUUUGGCUUUGGACUGAGAGUUACACAAUCAUCUUCCCUGGCUGUGAGGCUUUCUGACUUCCAAUGAGCCGUGCUACCAGCAUCCCAGGGUCUCCAGCCUAUAGACGCGCUGUUGUGUGAUUUCUUAGCCUCUCUAUUCACAUGAGUCAAUUUCCUUAAUAAAUGCCUGCUCAUAAAUCUGUAUCUAUAUCUAUAUCUGUAUGUGUAUCUAUAUCUAUAUCUAUAUCUAUAUCUAUAUCUAUAUCUAUAUCUAUAUCUAUAUCGUAUUGGUUUGUCUCUCUGGAGAACCCUGACUAAUACAAUCAGGCAUCUAAAA